AUGGCGGACGAUGACAGCGUGAUCCGGCGGCGCCUGCUGACGCGCACGAGCACCGUGGGCAAGAUGGGUCUCAAGAAGUGCGCCGAGACGAUGCUGGGGCUCGUGGAGAUGCUGGCGGACGAGGCCGUGGACGACGCCACGUGCCGCGCGGACCUGGACGCGCUCUUCUGGGAGAUGGAGCAGCUCGAGUUCGAGGCCAACAAGACGGAGAUCUGGAACUACACGUGCGACCGCGAGCUGGAGGAGUACGAGACGCUCAACGCCGAGAUCGACACGUCCAUCGACAAGGUCGCGCGCGAGAUCGAGGAGCUCAAGGCCAAGGUGCACGUGGAGAAGACGGUGCGCGCCUACAAGGAGGAGUACGAGUCCAUCGCGCGCGUCAUCAACGAGCUGCCGUCGCGCCGGGACAUCUCGGCCGAGAUCGAGACCCAGCUGCGCCGCCUCGAGGAGGCCACGGCCGCCAUCGAGGCCGUGGACGGCAAGCUGGACCUGCGCACCAAGCAGUUCGCGCUGCUGAUGAACACGAUCCAGAACCUCAAGGCCACGCUGGACGAGGAUGCGCUCAUGGAGGAGGAAGAAGAGAAGGAGAAGCAGCGCCAGGAGGAGGACGAGGACAUGGAGGACGUCGAGCCCAAGCAGACGAACGAGAGCGGACGGUCUCCUUCGCCCCUAUGA